AUAAAGUGACGCCAUCUAUGUAAUAUAGGUAGCAUAUAAGGUUAUCUGUCGAAAGAAAUUCUGAAACUUAUUAUUUUCAUCAUUCAUUAUUUUUAUUUAAUAUAACUGCUUAUUCUAUUGGAUAUUUUCACCUGCCUCAAACUACGAAAUCGUGACAAUGUUGUGAAACAGCUUUUAUGGCAAUUUCAAGCUAUAAAAUAGGUGAAUUUUUUAGGUAAGCAAUAAAAUAAUCAAGUAUAAAAACAAAUCCUCUGCUGUUUUGUAACUAUAAACGUAUAUAUAUGUAUAUACAUAUAAAAUGCGAGACAGUGGGGAAUUUAGACUCGUAACUCGUCGAAAGAAACGUGUAUCUCGUGUUCGAAAUAUAUACCAUACGAGCACAAUUUUAACCACUAACGAUGACGAUGAUGGAAAUCUGAACAUUAAUUACGAAACACUGUUUGGAAAGCUACUAGAGGCCGAAGUUGAACUAAAAAAUUCAUCGUUUGCUGACAAUGUUUUUCAUUAUUUAAAAGAUUCUUUAACUGCUUUAAAUAGCAGUGGCAUUUGUGAUAUAUUGUGCUAUGGUUUGGGUCAUUUUUCUACUCAUAGAUCCUCUAAAUAUCAAUUGGCAUUACUCUUAUCUUUAAAAAAACAUUAUAAUCCUCAAAUUUAUGUAUAUGACCCAGUUUUUUCUUCUGACGAAAUCAAGUUUCUGAAACAGCUUGAUUUUAAUGUUAUAACAAUUAAUGAAGAAUGCAAACGCAUUAUAGGUGAUAAUGUUACAUUGGUAUAUAUGCCACACUGUUCAGUACAUUUAAUCAACAAUUUCCUUUACGCAAAUUGGUGUAAAAACUUAAAUAAGUGCAUUCUCUUGACAAAUAGUUUUUCAAUAGUUGCUGAUGACUUGAGAGAAAAAAAUAAGUCCAGUCCUAUUGAUUAUGUCUUUCGUAUUCGACCAUACGUUACAGAAAUUACUUUACGAAAUGAUUUCGUAUAUGAAGAAGUAUUCAAUGACUUAAGUAUUCAUACAUUUCUUGAACAAAAUAUUAAUGCAAUUCCUGAGAGUUUUUGGAGUACACGAGAAAAGCCUUGCUAUCAAGAUAUAGAUAUUGAUUAUUUGACUGCUAAGCAAACUAAGGAAAUAGAUGCUAAGAAUUGCAACAAGCAAGAUGAAAUCUAAUAUCAAGUUGCUUCACACACUUAUACAAGAAAUUCGACGAACAUCAUCUCAACAAAAAUCAGAAAAUAAUAUUAUGACGCAAUACAUUUUGGAGCAAGCACGAUCCCAUCGAGAAACGUCUGAAGUUUUGUGCAAAGCACGAGAAGAGCUAAAAAAUUUAGCAGAAACAUAUCUUUGUUAUCUAAACUCUCAACGAGUAUGUAAAGAAAUUCAAAUCCGAUAUGCUGGUAAAGGAGAACGAAGUAUCAAAGAAACCGCAGAUCUCGUUGGAUUUAAAUUACCUCAUGAUCCGAAAUGAAUUCAAUGGGAGUUAGUUUUAAUUAAAAUAAUAUAAAUUUAUCAAUAAAAUAUUUAUUAUCAUUAAUGGAAUAUAAAAGAACAUAAUUGUAAAAAAUAUCUAUUAUAAUUAUAAAAAAUACAGUAUAAAAUUUUGAUUUAAAGGACGAGUAUAACUACAUAUUUUCACGAAUAUUGUUGACGAAUGCAUUUGGCUAUGGUUGACAAUUGCAUAUUGCUAGUGCCUUCGUAAAUAGUCCCAAUUUUCGAAUCUCUAAAAUAUUUUUCUUGAGGAAAAUCCGUUGUGAAUCCUACUCCACCCAUAAAGUCGAUGCAUUUUGCGGUAACCCGUAAAGCCGUUUCUGGAUUGAAAAAAAAAUAUAUAAUAAAUUUUGCGGUCAAUAUUUUAAUAUUUUACGAUUGCCGUUAAAAAAGUAGAAAGAGAAUAUUAAUUACCGGAAGCAACCAGUUUUGCCAUGGCAGCCUCUUUUAUUACAUCUUUUUUGGCAUCGACUAAUCUGGCCGCAUUGUAAACCAGUAACCUGGCACAUUCAAGUUCAGUGGCCACUUGAGCAAUUUGAUGUUGCAUAGACUACACACAAAAAUUAUACAAUCUGAGUCUUAGUUUUGAUAUUCAUUAUAUU